AUGGCAAAACGCACCCCAGCGGUCCGUGCCCGCAACCCAUUCCACUACCCCUCCGACGACGACGACGACACCGCCGAAAUCCUCGACGAGCAAGAAAAAGAAACCCUCAUAACCCCCCUCACCACCCAAAAAAAAGCCCGCAACGCCACCACCCACCACCUGGUCUACGUCCUCCCCGGCCUCUCCGCCAUCCCCUUCCUCCUCGACCUCAUCCUCCCAUUCCCCACCCAACCCCACCGCCUCCUCCCCCUCCUUGGCAUGUCCUCGCUAGCCGCGACAGGAUUGCUGCUGGCGCGGCUGGGGGUGACCGAGACGGGGUUUGCGGGGAUGGAUGCCCUUCCCGAGUCUGGGUCUGGGUCUGGGUCUGGGGCUGGAUCUAGCUCUGGUUCUGUCUCAUCGAGGGAGUUGGCGCUGUUGACGGGGAUGCUGCAGCGGGUGAAGAUGGGGCCGCAGGCCCCUGGGUUUAACUCGCUCCUGCUGGGCGCGCUGCCGGGGGUGGUGUUCGCGGUCAUUGUCGGCGCGAAAGUGGCCAUGGCGGGGAUUGAUCCUGAGAGGGAGCUGAGCAGGUACAAGUAUGGAUACAAGGGCGCCUGA